ACAGCCUCAGGUGUUUUCUGUCACUUCACCAAAUGGAGUCAAGAGGCGGCAAGACCUGGGACAGCUGGGCAUCGAUGAUAUGAUUCAACUGAAUGACCUCAACGAAGCUUCAUUAUUAUGGAAUCUGAAGAUACGAUACGACAAGGAAUUAAUUUAUACUUACACUGGAAGUAUUCUUGUGGCUGUGAACCCUUACAGAAUGUAUGAUAUGUAUGGACUGAAUAUGGUGAAGAAAUACGAAGGGCAGAUUUUAGGAACGUUACCACCGCACCUUUUUGCUAUUGGGUCAGCAGCAUACUCGGCAAUGUCCCGUGGCAAUCAAGUAGUAAUAAUUUCGGGAGAGUCUGGUUCUGGCAAAACUGAAUCCACCAAACUUGUCAUGCAGUAUCUGGCUGCUGUCAACAGAGCACCUUCCAACUUAAUAACUGAGCAGGUCUUAGAAGCCUCACCUCUUCUGGAGAGCUUUGGCAAUGCCAAAACUGCCAGGAAUGACAACUCUUCUAGGUUUGGAAAAUUCCUUGAAGUCCACUUCAAAGAUGGUGUGAUUCUUGGAGGAAAAGUUACUGAAUACCUUCUAGAAAAAUCACGUAUUGUUACUCAAGCUCCAGAGGAGAGGAACUACCAUGUUUUUUAUGAACUUUUAGCUGGUCUAUCCGAAGAAACAAAAUUAAAAUAUGGUCUUCUUUCUGCUGACAAAUAUUUCUACCUCAACCAGGGAGAGAGCUGUGAAAUAGAUGGGAGGAAUGACUCUGAUGGCUUUCAGUCAUUAAUGUCAGCAAUGCAAGUACUUGACUUUACAUCAGAGGAACAGGAUACCAUUUUCAGAAUACUGGCCUCUGUGCUUCAUUUAGGAAAUGUAUAUUUUCAUCGGAAACAGCUCAAGCAUGGACAAGAGGGAGUGGAAAUCGGCUCUGAUGCUGAAAUUCGUUGGGCUGGACACUUGCUUCAGAUCAGUGUUGAUGGAAUUAAAAUGGCCCUUACAACGAAAACUACUGAAGCGAGAAAUGAAAGACUGUUAACAGCUUUGACAAUAGACCAAGCCUUGGAUGCUCGUGAUGCGUUCGCAAAAGCUCUGUAUAGUUCCCUGUUUGCUUGGCUUGUUGCUAGGACCAAUCAUAUUGUUUAUAAAGGCACCAAAAGAACCACUGCUAUUUCUAUCUUGGAUAUUUUUGGUUUUGAAGAUUUUAAGGAAAACAGCUUUGAGCAACUAUGCAUUAACUAUGCUAAUGAACAUUUGCAAUGCUAUUUCAACAAACAUAUAUUUAAGUUGGAACAGCAGGAAUAUGCCAAAGAAAAAAUACAGUGGCAAAAUAUUACUUAUACGGAUAAUUUGCCAGUGAUUCAUCUGUUAUCGAAGAAACCAGUUGGAAUUUUGCAUCUUUUGGAUGAUGAAUCAAAUUUUCCUCGUGCCUCAGAUGUUUCUUUCCUUGAGAAGUGCCAUUACAAUCAUGCUCUCAAUGAGUUAUACUCUCGUCCAAGAUUGAAUGGGCCAGAAUUCGGAGUUAAACAUUUUGCAGGCAAUGUUUGGUAUAACGUAGAGGGCUUCUUGGACAAGAAUCGGGAUACACUAAGGACUGAUGUUGUAGAUUUGCUUAUUUCUAGUUCGCUCCCUAUGGUGAGCAAAAUGUUUGAAGCUGUUCGGAGUUCACAAGAAACGAACAAAACAUUAAAUAAAUCUAAUGGCCGGUUUGUUACUAUGAAGCCCAGAACACCAACUGUUGCUGCUAGAUUUCAUGAUUCUCUCCAAAAUCUUAUGGACACGAUGUCAAAGUGUAACCCUUGGUUCGUUAGAUGUAUAAAACCAAACAAUGAAAAAGCAGCAAUGAAAUUUGAUAUGCCUACAGUUUUGGAACAGCUUCGCUAUACUGGUAUGCUUGAAACAAUACGUAUUCGUAAAAAUGGAUACCCAAUCCGAAUGAAAUUUCUUGAAUUUGCUCAGAGGUAUAGGUACCUUUUAAAAAAAAGACUUCCAGUUCGAUCUACACCAACUAGGGAAAUAUGUAGCAUAAUGCUGGUACCAUAUCAAGGAGAAUACCAGCUUGGAGUGUCUAGGGUGUUUAUGAGGGAGAGCUUAGAAAGGAAGCUGGAACGGGAAAGAGCGGAAAUUCUUAACAAGGCUGCCGUAACAGUGCAAUGUGCUAUAAGGGGGCAUUUAGCAAGAAGAAAAUAUCAAAGUCAAAAGAAAAGUGCAGUUAUGAUUCAGUCUGCUGUAAGAGGCUGGAUAUCCAGAAAAAAAUAUGUAACUAUACGAAAUGGUAUUAUUCAAGCACAAGCUAUUCACCGAGGAAAUCUUCAGCGCAAAAGAUAUCAACAGCUUAAGGAGGAACUUAAAAGAAGAGCUGAACUGGCCAAGGAGAGAGCUAAACUGAAGGCACAAAGAGAACAGGAGGAAAAAGAGGAAAAAGAAAGAGUCUCAAGAGCUGUUGCUGGGGUGACCCAUUUAGAUAUUCCAGCGGAGCUGGCAUUUGUCUUCAAUAAAAUUGAUGACUGGACACCAGUUCACUCUGAAAGACAGCUAGUUAAGGUGGUUGGACAUGUUGUUGAACCUGAAGAAAAGUAUGCUCUGCCUCAGGAUAUUGACCAGCAUCCAUUUUCAAAAUUCACAAAUAUUUAUUUUAAGUCUCAUGUGUGGGGAAUGAAACGUGAACCUAUCAAAACACCCUUACUUACAAAAGCUUUAGAUUCUGACUUUGCUGAAUCCUUGGCUAUUUUCAAACUCAUACUCAGGUUCAUGAAUGAUGAUUCUUUGAAUGGUAAAAAAGAACAAGCUUUGGCAGAUUAUAUAGCUUAUAAGGGUCUCUCAAAUGAAAAAUUAAGAGAUGAAAUUUUGUGUCAACUUGUAAAUCAGACAUGGCGGAAUGAUGUUGCUGCAAAUAAUGAAAGAGGCUGGUUGUUAAUGGCAAAUUGUCUGUCAGUUUUUCCUCCAUCAGCAACACUUCACAAAUUUUUGUUGAAGUAUGUUUCAGAUCAUGGUCAUAAUGGCUACAAAUACAUAUGUCAAACAAAACUUCUAGAGUCUCAUGGUCAGUGGCCAAGAACUUAUACACCUUCUCUGUUAGAAUGGAGGGCCAACAGAAAAAGAGUCAAUAUGGCAUUACAGCUGCAUUUCUCUGAUGGAGAGUCAGUAAUGACUGCUGUUGAUUCUUGGACAAGAUGUGAAUCAUUAUGUAGGCAGGCUCUUGCCGAAAGGUCCAUUUCAGAAAAUUCAGGAUGGACAAUUUCUGUUGAUGAUUCGGAAUGCUCUGGUUUAGAUUAUAUUUUUGAUGCAAUUACAGUUAUGGAGUUACCUCCAGCUUUUCCAACUGUCAAAAGCAUGCCAACUAUAACAUCAAAGGAAGCUGAACCACUGCCUGCUGCUAGGAGACCAUCAGUACCACCUCCCCAACCCCCAAGUGUACCUGUUGUACCAAAAGUACGUUCUGUCUCACGAGAUCACACUACUGAGUCUGGACUUUCAAGAAAAUCAGCCUUAAAUGAUAGAUACUUUGAUAAGCCUGGACGUUCUCGAUCUUUAGACAAUCUGUUAUCUCCUGUAGUUAUUAAUAAGCCGACAUCUAAGCUAGACACCUUAGGUUUGAGCCAUUCUCGGCUUAAUGACCGAUAUCAUUCAAUGGAAAGAAUAGAAGAAAGAGACCCUGUAAAUCUUGACCCGAUGGAACAAAUGGAUGCAAUUGAAGACAAUGAUAAGGCUGAAGAGGAUAACAUGGAAUCAGUCAGUCAGCGUGGUGGUGAUAGAAAAUAUAGUUUGACAGGGGCCUCAUCUGAUGUUUUGGUGUCUGAUAAUCCAUUGGAAUUUGAAUUCCCAGAACUUGCCUCAAGGAGUGAAGAUGAUAAAGGAAGCUAUAUUAGAGGCCAUCCUAGAUUCAUUAAAUCCCAGUACACAGGAAAAAGAGCAGCUCCAGGAUCACAUUCAAGUAGAGCACAUAUUGAAACACGAUUUAGUGAUAAAUCUGAAUUCAAAAGUUCUGCUAUGUCUGAUACAAGUGAAGCUCCUUCUCUAGCUUCACACGUAAGAAGAGUAAGGGUACCUUCCCAAGCUAGUGAUGUGGACCAAUUUCUUGAUGAUCUUUUUAAUCCAGUUCUAGACGGAUUAUCAGAUGCAAGAUCUAUUGCACCAUCUACAAAAGGAGGGACAAUCAGAUCUCAAGAUGACUUUCUUAAUGAUAUUUAUGAUCCACUAUUUAAAGACACUCAGAUGGAUUCAUCAAAGCUUUCUCAAUCAAUUAAAGGAGGAGGAAAAGGUGUUGGAGGUGUGGGGACCCAGCAGAAUACUACACCAAGUCAAACUCCAAAUGGCUUCAAUCUUAAUCCCAUGGUUGGUUCGCCUCCUCCAGUUCUUCCAGGGAUGGCACCUCUUAUAAUGUCACCACUUCCAGUUUUCAGUCCUACUGGUCCACAAACUAAUGGAGGACCUAAUACUUCUUUCCCUGGAGGCUUUUCUCUAGAUGCUGCUUCAAUGAGUAGUUUCAUGCCAGUCCCUAUAUAUAACAUGCAAGGUUUAAGCCUACCAUCUCAAGGAAACACCAAUGACCCAAAUGUUUUGGCUUAUCAAGCUAAUUUACAGAGAGCAUUUUUACAGUCUGCAAUGGCACAGAAUAUACAAAUUCAACAACAACUUUUAGCCCAGAAUCAAGCUCUUCAGCAGUUACUUCAACAACAACAACAAACACCAACUCAAAAUGGUAGCGUUGAAACCUCUGCCCAGUGGUCAGGAUCUCCUCCAAAAUCAAGAUCCACGCCACUUACUACAAAGGCACAGGUUCAUCGAUCCAGCUCACCGGCCCAGCAGCAAGCAUUUACUACUGUACUAUCAGAACUGAAAACCAGGAAGCCAUCACAGGAAACACCGAACAAGAGCAUACCUCCUCCUCCUCCUCUGCCACCACCCCCAGAACCAGGAGAUCCCAGUGAAGCUAGGCCAUUUAUGGACCCAUAUGGAAGAGCGAAAACAGUUAGAAUAGGAAAAUGGAGAUGGCCUCCUCCCAAAGACUCUGAUGCAGCAGAUCCCUCAAGCUUUCUGCAAUUUAAGAUGAAGCAAAGAAGAAAACAUUCUCAGGAGAUUAAUGAACCUGAGGGUAUUGAAUGGGAAGAAUUUGAAAUGAAUGACUCUCCACCAAUGAAUAAUUCAAAGCCUGAAGUUAAUAAUUCAAAAUCAUCAAAUUCAUUCAAAGCACUUGAAGUUGGUGCUCAAAGGCCAUCUCCUGGAAGUGUGGGAAAACUUCGGAUAUCUAAUGAAAUGAAACAUAAGUUAGAAAUGGUUACAGCAAAUCACUCACUGCGAUCGACCAGUUCUAGAACUCCUGCUCCUCUUCCCAAUAUGAACCCACCAGCAAAGCUUGAUUCUGACAGAAGAAACUUGUUGCAACAUCAAUUAGCUGGUCGCUGGGGCAGUAUAGACAGUGUAGAUGCUCGUACAAAGGAAGAUAGGCCAGAUGUUACCCAGAACAACAUUAGAACACAGGAAAAGAAUUCUGGCUGGCGGCCCCCACCACCUCCUGUGGCUCCCCACCCCCUCACUCCAUCCAGGACCAGCAGUCUUUACUCACAUGGUCACAGCAAUUCCGCUCCGCCAGCACCGAUAGAACCCAUCAGAAGAGAAAUUUUUCCAGAUCAGCAAAUGUUCAACAAUCAAGUUAAUUCACAACAUUCUGAUCAAAUAGAGAUUGAGGAGAGUGGGGAAUUCCUUGGUGGGCCUGUAGAACCUCUACCAAUCUUACCAUCACCUCCAGAGAUCAAUACAAACACAAAGCUUCACUCUCCUCCUUCUGCUGCAUACUUUACCUACAACAGAGUAGUAUGGAAACUAAAUAUCAGGAAAGAGGUUUUCUCUCCAAAGGAGACAGUCUCCAAUCCCCUUGUCUUGCAUCUCAUCUACUGUCAAGUUGUGAAAGAUUGUUUGACCAAACAGACACCAAGAAUCACCAAAGAAGAGAGAUCAGAUAUGAUUCAGUUGCUGGAGAGGUUUGGAGUGACCCUCACAAAUUACCAGACAGGGCAGCAUAAAGCUAAUGCAAAAAGGGCUGUGGUGGACAUGGCACGGCAUUGGUUAACUUAUUUCUCCAGGCUUUUUCCUCUUUCAGGAGGACAUCAAUUCCCAGAUGCUCAGAUGGUUGCUGUCAGCCACGCUGCCAUCCGUCUUGUCAGAUUAGAUGCCAACUACCUGCGAGUUGUUCACAGUAUUAAGCUGAAUGAGAUAGCUGAUACCGGCCUUAGUAAAGGAGGUGGUUCAUUGCAUAUUGUACUAAGUUCUGGUGAAAGGUUUCCUCUUUAUACUCAGCGAGCUAAACAAUUGCAAAUUUUAAUUAAUGCAUUUGUAAGAGAAGCUGCAGGCACAGCAAACACCACUAUUAACCGAGAAUUACAUCAAGCUCGUAUUAUGGAAGAAAGAGCCAGGCCUGUGGAUCACAAAGGCUGGCAGCAAGACAUCAGGCUUAUUACUCCAGCCGCUGUUACGCAUAAUCAACAACCAACCGUUACCGAUGAUGGUAAACAUUCUCUCCUUCAGUUUGCUAUACACCAUUUCAGAAAAAGUCCUGAAAAGUUUGAAAUGCUCAAAGCUCCUGAUGGGAAUAUCACAGGAUCUUUGAAAGUUGUCCAGGGCAUCAAGAAAGGAGACUGGACAUGGAAAGAACAGGUGGACUUAGUGAAAUACACUGGCACACCAAUCACAGAAUCAUUGCUCAAAUUGAAUCCAGAAUUAAACCAACUUGCGGUUGAAUGUUUCGAAUGUGCCAUGAGAUAUAUGGGUGACCUUCCUACAACACCUGAUCUGACCGAAGUCAAGUGUGUUUAUACCAUCUUAAUGCACUGUCAUAAGCAUGUGGCUCUGAGAGAUGAAGUUUAUUGUCAACUCAUGAAGCAAACAACCUCAAACAAACGUGACUCCUGCCAAAGGGGUUGGAGGUUGCUGAGUAUUGUAGCAGCUUAUUUCACAUGUUCAGACACACUGAAGCCUUACCUAAUAAAAUAUCUUGAAACGGCCGCAUAUGAUAAGAGGAGAGCUCAUCAUGGUACUGCCAGUGUAUGUUUACAAAAUCUUCGGAAAACUUUGAAAUAUGGGGGAAGGAAAAAUGUGCCAUCUGUUGAAGAAGUUACUGCAGUCAGUGCUGGUAGAAAUUCAAAAAGACAAAUGUAUAGGCUACCAGGGGGUAGCGAAACGGUGGUCCACACAAAGUCAACAACUGUCGUACAGGAUGUUGUACAAGAAAUGUGCACCCUUAUCGGUGUGGAAGACCCAAUAGAAGUAAUGGAAUACUCCCUUUACUGUAUAGUUGAGGGGGAUACUUUCACAAUGCCUCUAGCCAGAGAAGAAUACAUAUUAGAUGUGACCACUGAGUUACUCAAAGCACAGCAGGUGUUCUAUCUCAUAUUCUGCCGGUCAGUAUGGCACUUCCCUUUGAGGUUAGAGAAUCAGCUGUAUGUGCAAGUUUUAUUCAAUCAAAUUGCUCCAGACUAUCUUGAAGGGUUACUCUUAGUCACUCCUAAUGAACAUAUCUCUCAAGAAGUCAUUUUUGAGAUGGCUAAAAUUGGAGCAUUAUUGCACAGAGCUGCAGAUAUGACCCAUCCACCCGGUACUAAGGAAACUAAAUUCCUCCUUCCAAAGACUGUCCUUGGUUACCGUGAUAUGAGGCCUGGGGAGUGGGUUCAGAUGGUCAGUGCAGCAUGGACAUCUGGUGUCCAAACUGUGACAUCAAUAGAUGCUAAAGCCAGCCUAUUAGAAAUUUUAAGUAAAUGGCCUUUAUUUGGAUCAAGUUUUUUUGCUGUUAAAAGAAGUGGAGACCAGCAGAUUUUGGCUCUCAAUCGAUCCGGAGUACAUUUCCUACACUUGGUGACCCAUGAAACUCUUUCGACAGUACCCUAUUCUGAAGUAAUUUCAACCAGAAAAGUUAGAGCAGAGAGUGGAAUAAUGUAUGUAGAACUGAAGGUAGGCAACUUAUUCCAACAGCGUGUGGCGAGGCUCCAGACUGAUCAAGCUCAUGAGAUUGCUAGGCUAAUUAGACAGUAUAUGGCUUUGCAUAGGCAGAGAAUACCAUCAGACCAUUAG